AUGUCAUCAACACCAUCACCUACAAAGAGGUCUGCUCUUUCUCCCAAAGUAUUCAAUGCCAACCAAUUAUCACCACAAAGGAAGAGCUUUACGUCCAGUCCAAGGUACUCCAACAAAUCACCAAUACGAUCCGUUUCAUCGGUCCGCACACCAUCACCUAAAAAGCCCAAGCCUGCUGCCACACUUGGAUUUACGAUAUGGGAGGACAAUGUGGAUAACGGUUCUCAUGAUAUCGUGGGGACACCUAUCUCCAACAAACUAAAUCACAAUGACCAAGAGAAUAUACUUCAACCGAAACUGACGUGCAUUAGGAGGGGCCACCAUGCGCCUUUGCAAGACUUGAGCAUCAACUCGUUCAAGGGCUACAUCACCAGUGAAGGAGUAACCACACAGCUAGACGAGCUCUACGAGCCUUUUAAUUUUGACAAUGAAUUCAAGUCGGCUCACAGGUUCAAUAAUAUACCACCAUUUGUGACUCCCGUGAAAAAGGAUAAGUAUUUGGCCAAAUCAGGUCAAAAGGAGUGGAAAUGUGGAGAGAAUGGUGUUAGAAAACAUACUAGGUCAUUAUCUGCUGGAAUGAAUGAAACCAAGCGGGACUUGGUACAAAAACCCAAGUUUGCUAUACUGACAAACUGA